GGCAAAGAGGGUAGGAAGCCGUCAUGGCGCUCUGGUCAAUAAAAUCGAUAGCUGGAAGCUGCCUGUGUUCCAGGCAAAGGCGGUGCAGUAGCAGCGCCGCCAUUUUCGCCGAAGGCAUCUUCCGGUGCCUUUCCCCCAAGUUCGGGCAGGAGUUUCCUGAAUAACAACGAGAGGCUUCCGUCAGCCCCGCAGGCGGCUGGUUCCGAUUUCCUCCCGGCCAGCCCUAGGACCCUCAGUCCCGGUACCCCGAGGGCUCCCAAGUCCCGGGGUCCGCUAGGGGCCGAGGCCGGGGACGGGAGGUCGUGGCGCCGGCUUCUCUGGCCCAAUGGCACCGCCUUCCGCUCCACUCUCCGCUCGGGGACCGGGAGAGGCCGGACCCGGCCGGAGAAGGGGAAGGAAGCCAAGGGCGGUGAAGUUCGCGGACGUGGCCGUGUACUUCUCCCCGGAGGAGUGGGGGUGUCUGCGGCCCGCGCAGAGGGCCCUGUACCGGGACGUGAUGCGGGAGAACUACGGCCACCUGGGCGCGCUCGGGUGCGCAGGUGCCAAACCAGCCCUCAUCUCCUGGUUGGAACGAAAUACCGAAGAUUGGGAACCAGCUGCCCUGGAUCCACAGGAGUGCCCAAGGGGAUUCAUGGUCCAAAGAAAAACCAGAACCAGAAAGAAGAAUGGAGAGAAGGAAGUAUUCCCGCCUAAGGAGGCACCCCGGAAGGGGAAGAGAGGACGGAAGCCCAGCAAGCCCCGACUGAUUCCCAGACAGACAUCUGGGGGUCCCAUCUGCCCUGACUGUGGUUGUACCUUCCCUGAUCACCCGGCUCUAAAAAGCCACAAGUGUGCCCAGAAUCUAAAAAAGCCUUACCCUUGCCCAGACUGUGGGCGCCGCUUUUCCUAUCCGUCUCUGUUGGUCAGUCACCGGCGGGCACACUCUGGUGAAUGUCCCUAUGUUUGUGACCAAUGCGGCAAACGUUUCUCCCAGCGGAAGAACCUCUCCCAGCACCAGGUGAUCCACACAGGGGAGAAGCCCUACCACUGCCCUGACUGUGGCCGCUGCUUCCGGAGGAGCCGGUCCUUGGCCAAUCACCGGACCACGCACACAGGGGAAAAACCCCACCAGUGCCCCAGCUGCGCGCGGCGCUUUGCCUACCCCUCCCUGCUCGCCAUCCACCAGCGCACACACACCGGAGAGAAGCCCUACACUUGCCUGGAGUGCAACCGCCGCUUCCGCCAGCGCACGGCUCUGGUCAUCCACCAGCGCAUCCACACCGGCGAGAAGCCCUACCCGUGUCCAGACUGCGAGCGGCGUUUCUCUUCAUCCUCUCGCCUGGUGAGCCACCGGCGAGUGCACUCUGGGGAGCGGCCCUAUGCGUGUGAGCACUGUGAGGCCCGUUUCUCCCAGCGAAGUACCCUGCUCCAGCACCAGCUCUUGCACACAGGAGAGAAGCCGUACCCCUGCCCAGACUGUGGCCGUGCCUUCCGUCGCAGCGGCUCCCUCGCCAUACAUCGCAGCACGCACACCGAGGAGAAGCUGCACGCCUGUGAUGACUGUGGCCGCCGUUUUGCCUACCCCUCGCUACUGGCCAGUCACAGGCGCGUCCACUCAGGAGAGCGGCCCUAUGCCUGCGACCUGUGCUCGAAGCGCUUUGCCCAGUGGAGCCACCUCGCCCAGCACCAGCUCCUGCACACUGGGGAGAAGCCUUUCCCCUGCCUGGAGUGUGGCCGUUGCUUUCGCCAGAGGUGGUCUCUGGCCGUGCACAAGUGUAGCCCCCGAGUCCAAAACUGUAGCCCUCGAUCUGCUAUAGAGGGAACCAGUCAAAAGGGCAGUACCCUUUAGAAUGGGGAGGACUGUCUAAAGUUCAUUUCAUUUCACCGAGAGGCCAGAGAAGGGAAGGAGAAGCCCUAGGUCAUACGGGGCAGAUUCAGAACGAAAACCCAGGUCUCCUGCCACAGACCUGAACUUGAGUAUGUUCUACCACCCUGGCUGCCUUACUCUGUCUAGAACCGAUAGUCCCAUUAGGAGAGGUAACAUCAUUUGGUUAAAGUUUAACAAGCUAGCCAAUCCUAAAAGAAUUUGUGUGUGACCAUCAGGGUAGAAUUUCUUCCCUUAUACUUUAGGGCUGUCUGCCUUUCUAAUUUGCAUGUAGGGAUCUCCCCUUGCAUGCAGUCAGGAGGAUCCUAAUUAGAGGUGGCAGGACCUUCCCCUACUCUGCCUCUUCGUCCAUACCAGGUGUAGCCCCCUUUUUACAACACUCCUGCCAAGUGGUGUUCUACUCUUGCUUUAAAAACCUCCCUUGACAGGGAGUUCACUACCUCACCAGGCAGGUCAUUUCUUUGUGGGAUAGCUGUGAUCUUUAGAAGGUGGUUAAGUGCCAUACUCCUUCCCUGUAUGCCUUGCCCGGAAUAUGUUUAAUAUUUCCUCUACGUGGCAGCCUUUCAGGUUAACAGCAUUUGGUCAAUCACUCCUUAAAGAUAGGGUUUCAGUUCCCACACAUGAUCUCCAAACAUGAUCUUCAAUGUUCCUUUUAAAGGGUCAUACAAAAAUAAGCCAGCACCACAGUGUAUACUGUGUACCUCCUUGGUCUGGACUUGUUUUAACAGCUCUAGAUUGCAUUGGAUUUGGGAGGAGUGGCAGCCUGUACCUGGGGUUUAUUGGGCUGGAGACACCCCAAAACCUAAGGUUCUUUUUUAAACCACAUGCUGUGAAGCUAAGCCUUCUGCACUCUGUUUGGAAAAUUGGUUCCAGUUGGGUCUGGGACAUAAGUUCAGUGAGCGUUGGGACAAGAUCGAUCUUAAGGAAAAGCAGGGGAGGCAUAUGGGCCAGCAGCAGGAAGUGAAAGCCGGACCGGCUUGUCCUUUAUCUGGAGGGUUUGGAUUGGUUCCUUGCAGCCAGUGGUUAGAAGAGCCUAGAUUUCACUUCAGCACAGAACCUUCCAUGAGUCCUCAGUCAACAUGUUUUUCCUAAAAUGAGGUGAGGCCAUUCAAGGAGGGUAGAAAGUUAGGUGAUUGCAAACAAAGCAGAGUAUGCAGUCCAUCAAGCUGUGUUCAUGCCUGCCCCUCACUUAAGCUCCAGAGGUAGCAAUGUGUCUUAAUCUUUGAGAAGCCUCCAGGGCACCCACCCGAGUAGGUAGGUGCUCAGUAAAGCGUUGCUGAGUUGACUGAACAGGCCUAUCACUUGGCUUUGGGUUGCUGCACCAAAUUGGAAUUUCCAACCCUGACUGGUCUCAUUACAACUCGAGAAGGGGGCAUCCUGCCGCUUUAGUUCUGAUCUCAGCCCCAGAGCCGGGAGCAGCUGGGGAACACAGCUUUUGUAAUUGCCUCUGUUCUGGUUUCAGCAAGUUUCAUUGUAACUUUCUCCUUGGAUGAUGAGCUACCCCAAGGUAGGGGUCGGACCAGAUUGGAUCUCAUUAAAAUGUCUUUUGAAUGGA